CAUGUUCCACAAGGCCUGUAACUUAGCAUCAAUUCACAAGUUAUUUUACUAAUGUAUUUUUGUUUCUGCGGUGUAUUGGGAAAGAAAGUAACACCAUACGACCGUUUUUAAUAGGCAAUGAUUUUGAAGUGAAUCAGAAGAGGUCAUGGAGGAUGAGGGGAAACCUCUGCUGGGCUCGAUUCAAGCAGAAGCUUACUACGCAGACCAGACAGACUUCCUGGACCCUAGACAAAGAAGACCUUUCCAUGUGGAGCCGAGGAACAUCAUAGAGCACUCGACUCAUGAGCAGGUUUCUGCUGAGGCUUCGGCGCUGAACAGCAGAGUUCAUUAUUAUAGUCGUCUGUCUGCGUCGUCAGACAGGCUGCUGGCUCCCCCUGAUCAUGUGAUUCCUCCACGUGAAGAGAUCUACGUUUACAGCCCUCUGGGAACAGCGUUUAAAGUGCCAGGAGGAGAGGGUUCUGCCAAAAACCCUAGUAUAGUCACGAUUUUUGCUAUCUGGAACACGAUGAUGGGAACGUCCAUACUGAGCAUACCAUGGGGAAUAAAGCAGUCUGGGUUCACACUAGGAGUCAUCAUCCUCAUCUUAAUGGGUUUACUUACACUCUACUGUUGUUACAGGAUUCUGAAGUCCACUAAAUCAAUACCUUCUAUCGAUACUUCAGACUGGGAGUUCCCUGAUGUGUGUAAAUAUUACUUUGGGAGUUUUGGACAGUGGUCAAGUCUGUUCUUUUCCAUGGUAUCGCUGAUUGGGGCAAUGGUGGUGUACUGGGUGCUUAUGUCCAACUUUCUGUUUAACACAGGCAAAUUCAUCUACAACUAUGUUCACCAUGUCAACAUUUCUGAUUCAGAUUUUGGCACAAAUGGAACAGAGAGAGUGAUUUGUCCGUAUCCAGAUAAUAACAGAAGCGUUAGCCAGCAUUAUAACAGUGAUAAUAAUACAGAUGCAGCAUUGUUUGACCACUGGUGGAAUAAAACCAACACCAUCCCUUUGUACCUUAUUGCGCUACUUUUGCCACUGCUCAACUUUCGUUCGGCCGCCUUCUUCGCCAGGUUCACCUUUCUUGGUACUAUUUCAGUGGUCUAUCUCAUCAUCUUGGUCACACUUAAAUCUUUUCAUCUCGGCUUUCAUCUGGAGUUCCAUUGGUUCGAUUCCACCCAUUUUUUUGUCCCAGAGUUCAGAGCCUGGUGUCCUCAACUCACUGGUGUUCUCACUCUGGCCUUCUUUAUCCACAACUGCAUCAUCACCCUCAUGAAGAACAAUAAGAAUCAGGAGAACAAUGUUCGGGAUUUGUCCCUGGCUUACCUUUUAGUAGGCUUAACCUACCUCUAUGUGGGAGUUAUGAUCUUUGCUUCUUUUCCUUCUCCACCAUUGCCUAAAGACUGCAUUGAACCAAACUUUCUGGAUAACUUUCCCAGCAGUGAUGUUCAGGUCUUUGUGGCUCGAGCCUGUCUGCUGGUCCAAAUGACCUCCGUCUACCCGCUUCUGGGGUACCUGGUUCGGGUGCAGCUGAUGGGCCAUUUCUUUGGUGAUCAUUACCCCAGUUUUUUCUGGGUCUUCACACUGAACAUCGUCCUUGUGGGUGCUGGGGUCCUGAUGGCCAGGUUUUAUCCCAACAUUGGUUCCAUUAUCAGAAUGUGAACUUACCAUGAAACCAGGAAGCGAUGCGGCUGUCACCGUCUUGGAAACAAACUCUUUGGGAUAACUGUUCCUUUCUGAACCAGCGGAUGAUUUCCUUCCGGCUGGACGAGGACAGUGAACGACGUAAACCAGACCCUCUGUAAUUCAUAACAGGAAGAAGUGUUGUGGUUAAAAAUAAACAGGCUUCGGGAAAUCUCACUACAAUGUGCUGCUGGAUCUGUGUAUAAACUCAAUAUCCCGUCCCUACAUCCUAGACAUCAGGUGGCUGCUACUGCUGUGAUCUACAAAGUGCACACUAGCUCAUGCCCACUAGGCCUGAAGAGGAUAGCUCCUCAGCCACACGUGAUCAGACGUGCAGCUCGCACUAGCCUAUCUACGCCAAGUCAUGCACUCACUGAACCAAUCUCAAGAACCUACUCCACAGGCAGAACCUUCAUCCACACUGCGGUGCGGUCCGUAUCUGGAAUGGACUCCCAGAGAGCAUAGUUGGAGAGAUUAGUGACGAUAGCUUUCAGUCUUUCAAAACUCGUGUUCAUCACUAUUUGCUUUCUGUACUGUGAUCUCGUAGGGAGAACUUCUUGGCUGCUGUGAACCACUGAUUGGCCCUUUUGGUUUACUAUUAUUGUGCUUUGUUGCCCAUGUUAGUUCAUGACCUAGUCAUACUUUUUGUGGUUAUUGUUCACCAUAGCACAUUACACUUGUGUUCAAAAUAAUAGCAGUCCAACACGACUAACCCGAUCAAUCACUGUUUUUGGUGGAAAUUACAUUACUACAUGGCAAAUAAUUUACCAGUAGGUGUAGUAGAGUCAUAGAAAACCAACAGACCCAACAUUCAUGAUAUGCAUGCUCCUGAGUCUGUGUAAUCUAAUAAUUAAGUGAAAGGGACUUGUUCAAAAUAAUAGCAGUGUGGAGUUUAAUUAGUGAGAUCAUUCAUUCUGUGAAAAAACAGAUGUCAGUCAGGUGGCCCUAAUUUAAGGAUGAAGCCAGCACAUGUUGUACAUCCAUUUCUCUCUGAAAACCUGAGAAACAUGGGUCGUUCCAGACAUUGUUCAGAAGAACAGCGUGCUUUGAUUAAAACGUUGAUUGGAGAGGUAAAACGUAUACUGUAAAGAAGUGCAGAAAAUGAUGGGCUGCUCAGCUAAAAUGAUCUCCAGUGCUUUAAAACGGACAGCAAAACCAGAGAGACGUAGAAGAAAACAGAAGACUACCAUUCGAAUGGAUCGAAGAAUAGCCAGAAUGGCAAAGACUCAGCCAAUGAUCAGCUCCAGGGUGAUCAAAGACGGUCUGAAGUUACCUGUGAGUACUGUGACAAUUAGAAGAUGCCUGUGUGAAGCUAAUCUGUCGGCAAGAAGCUCCCGCAAAGUUCCACUGUUAAAAAAAAGACGUGCUGAAGAGGAUACAAUUUGCCAAAGAACACAUCGACUGGCCUAAAGAGAAAUGGAAAAACAUUUUGUGGACUGAUGAAAGUAAAAUUGUUCUUUUUGGGUCCAAGAGCCGCAGACAGUUUUUCAGACGACCCCCAAACACUGAAUUCAAGCCACAGUACACUCUGAAGACAGUGACGCAUGGUGGUGCAAGCAUCAUGAUAUGGGAAUGUUUCUCUUACUGUGGUGUUGGGCCCAUUUAUCGCAUACCAGGGAUCAUGGAUCAGUUUGCAUAUAUCAAAAUACUUGAAGAGGUCAUGUUGCCUUAUGCUGAAGAGGAAAUGCCCUUGAAAUGGGUGUUUCAACAAGACAACGACCCCAAACACACCAGUAAGCGAGCAGCAUCAGGGUUCAAGACCAACAAAAUGAAAGUCAUGGAGUGGCCAGCCCAAUCCCCGGACCUUAAUCCGAUAGAAAACUUGUGGGGUGACAUCAAAAAUGCUGUUUCUGAGGCAAAACCAAGAAAUGCAGAGGAAUUGUGGAAUGUUGUCAAAUCAUCCUGGGCUGGAAUACCUGUUCACAGGUGCCAGAAGUUCUCAGAAACCGUGGUUAUACAACUAAAUAUUAGUUUAGUGAUUCACAGGAAUACUAAAUCCUUAAGAUUUUUUCAGUUUAUACAGUAAAUAUUUGGAGUUUGUAAUGAAA